GUUUUGUCUCUCUUUCUCAGCUUUACCUUUUUAUUUUCCUCUGCAACGCCAAGCGUUCUCAGAGCAGAGACCAAGUCCAAACAAACUUACAAGAGGACAAUUGAAACGACGACCGUUUAUCGAGGUGGGACGCCCGCCCCACUAUUGGGCAACCUCAGCUUCAGCGGCCACUUCGUCAUCGUCCUCUCCUCGCACACUAUACACAUUUGCUUGUCUAGCGCUCGACCGCCACGACGAAGGUCGCAUUACUGAUUUGACCCGUCGACUCUAUGAGAUACCUUCGGAAAAGUCAGGCGUGACGCUGACUAUAUCGAGAGCUGCCCGGACAAGUCCACCGAGAGAGUCUAAUGAUCUGGUUCCGCAAGUGACGUCUCCCACGACAUGACAUCUGAGGCGGUGCGGCCUGGUGGCAUGGCUGAGUUACCAGCGGAGCCGGUGACGCCGACCAGGGGCGCGAAUCGCAACCACCGUGGGAAUUUCAGGAAUGGGACAUGGUAUUGCGACUGCUCCCCGGCGCUGCCAUGCCUGUACCUCAAAGCCGCCAACAGCAAGAACCCGGCCAACAAUGGCAGGCACUUCUACAGCUGCCAGAAGGACAAGACCAAGACGAACUCGUGCGGCUUGUUCAUGUGGGAGGACGAGGCAAGCUCGCGGGCGAGGAACUAUCUCCUGUCGAACGGCCGGAGCGAGCUGACCCAGACUCAGCUGCCGUUCACGGCGACUCCAGCCUCGGCGGCGGUUCCUACGCGCACGACGCCAGGAACGGGAGGCGCUAGGAGUGAAAGGAGACGGCCACUCACGCAGGCUACGCUGGAGAACAUGCCUAUCCGUUCGAGGAGUGGUCGGCGGGCCAGGGACGCUGCUGCUGCGGCUGACGGGCUCGAGGACGGCGGUAAUGCUUCUUCAGGGAGCGAGACCGCAAGCGGUGACAGCGAGAGCGGCGGAUCGGCGGCUGGGCGGGGAGAAGGACAGCAGCAACGGACUCAGAUGGGCGACCACGUUGAUGCAUCGUCAUCAUCAUCACACACAGCCUCGUCUCGCACCCUGCGCUCGUCUGGCAGCCAGCGGCAGCAACAGCAACAAGCGUCCCAGACGGACCCUUCCCAGCAGGGCACGAAACGCAAAGCACCCGCCGGCGACGACGAGUUCAGCGACUUCUCAGACGGCGAGGUCGAGGAGCUGGCGGCCAUCGAGCAGCGCUCUGGUGGGUGGAGCGGCGGCAGCACUGUCAGGACCCGCGAUGUGUUUGCUACGCCGAACGUGCCUGGCGGGCGAUCCAUCUUCGCCUCGUUUUAUCAUGACGACGACGACGAUAACAGUGGAAACGGCAACGGCAACGGCCUACCGACGCCAACGACGGAUCGAUCGGUCCGGCGUGUCCUCUUUGCUCCAAACUCGCAGCACGACAAGGACGCACAGCACGCACCGGGCAGCAACGCCCACCAUCGGCUAGACACAUCACCCACGGCGGCAGCAGCAGGAGCAGUAGGAGCAGCAGGAGGCAAACGCCAGCGAAACACCAUAGACGGCACAUACACGCCAUCCACACAGCGCCGUAGCGGCGCCGCCGGCGCCGCCGCCGCUCAGACACCCUCGUCGUCGUCAUCAAGGACCAUGACGACGACGCCCGGCACGAGCUUCAGCAGCGACCCCGGCGAGGCCGUCAACAUCACGGCAGACGUCAUGGAGCUCCUGCGUGGGCAGCACGUCAGCCCGGCCGCCCUGGACGGCAUCCGCGGCGUGCUCGACACGUUCGCACGCCGGACCGCCGGGUUUGAGCGCGGGCGGGACAGCAGCAGGCGCGAGAUCCGGCGGCAGCAGCGCCGGAUCGCCGAGCUCGAGCAGCGUGCUGCUGUCCUGGAGAACUCGCGGGAUCUGGAUCGUGCGGCCCGCAGGGGAGGGACGCGACGGAUGGAGGAGUAGCGGUGUUGUGGUGGUUUUCUCGAGCUCGUGUUUUCCAGCAUGAGAUGACAGGACGAGAAAAUGGUUGGUGGCCUCAUGACUGACGAUGAUGAUGAUAAGACUUGGCUUAUUUGUACGGCGUUUUCUUUUUCCACAAUACCUAUUUGCAAAUCUUCUCUUGAAUCUUUUCUGUCUCGCGCCACGUUCUUGCACAGAUUUCCUCGUAGACAUCGUU